AUGUUCUUCAGCAAGAUGUUCACGGGUCUUCUCUUCCUGGUUGCCAUUGGCGCCGCACUUCCUAUCCAGAUGCCCCGCACUGGUGUCCUGAGUGAUGUCGUUACCCAGGAGAACUCCACCACCGUCCACGGAGGCAUCCAUGCCAUGACUCCGGGCGCUGAGGGAGCCAAGGGAUUGAUCUCGUCGGACCUUCACCAGAGCAACGUCACCGUCAAUACCACUCUGCUCGAACCGAGAAAGGGUGGUAAAGGAGGGAGCUCCGUCAAAGGACCACCAGGAGGAGCCGGAGGGAGCCUUGCAUCAGGAGGGUCAACAGUCAUCAUCGUCGGCGGCGGCGACGACGAGGCCCUGGCGCCAUUCUGGAUCGCUCUCAUCGUCAUCACGAGUCUCACUAUUGUCAUCUCCGUCACCAUUGGCAUCCUCAAUGCACGGACAGUUGCUCCGGUUUCCGCCGCCACGCUGAACAACACUGACAACGCCAACAACGGACCCGAGCAGCCAUCGGAGGUUUUCUCGAAUGUGGAUCUUGCCAUGACAGGCGGUCAGCCUUUCCUCGCAAAGAAUGCCGCCGAGGGUGAGCAGGCGAAAGCCGGCCAGAAGAAGAAGCGACACCUCUUCUUCUGCGUUUAA